AUGCCAGCUGCCACCACAUACGGCAAGAAGAGAAAUAGAAAUAUCCUGAGGACGCUGGGAACACGUCGCCAAAGAGCCAUACCAAAACCUUUACUGCCUGAUCGGCUGCCAGAGUUCCAUACAAACAAUUCCCCCAAGCAAGCAUCCCGGAAGAGAGCAAUGGUUGAUCCGCAAACUGCGGAUGAAAUGGCAAGCUGGUUACUAGACGAUUCCACACCCGAGCGCUUCUCCAGUGAAGAAUAUGACUUGUCUCCAAAAAAGCGGCGGACCACCACACCGAGGAACUCGGUUUCGAUUGAUAGUAAGCAAGCUAUCUCGCCACUGGAUUUCCCUUCCCCUAUCAAAACACCACUCAGAUCUUUAGAUACUCGCCCUCGGGCCUCCCGCAUGGGUAAGCACUCGCCAUCGAAAGCCAUGGGAAGGGUUCCUAGACGAGCUGCCACGACUGGUAGACAGAGGGAUACACCACAAAAGCGACUAAGUUCAAGCUUACAACGCCGCCAUGUGCCUACGAGAUCGCUGUCUUAUGACCCCCUCAAGUUUCACCCUACGAAAGACAUCGCAGCGGCGACACCUGUGGCGCUCGAUACCUGUGAAAACAAUGCGAGAAAUCGCAUUGUAGAAGGAUGUCAGAUUCCUCGCAUCCAAGGCCGGUGUGCUGGUGAAGAAAUUACUGGAAAACUGGCCGCUAUGCUGGCCGCUACCAAUGCACUCAAGCCUUCGCCACAGCAGGCCAACUGUUCGACCUCAAGAUUCACGCGUAUGGUACCGUCGAAAGUACGCGAAAAGGUCUCAAAUGCUUGGGAUCGCUUCCAUCCAAAAGCGGCGAAUCGCGAGGAAAAACAGGCUCCGGCCUUUUCCCACUCAGGCCAUGAACAAGGUGAUAGGUGGAUUCGAGAGAGCGUUGUUCCUGCUCCUCGCUCACAUGCAUCAAUUGAGAACGCUUCUUCGAUCAGUAACAUUGAGCUCCGAUUGAAUGAAGGGGAUAACCUCAAUAAAAGUAAAGUCCAGCAAAUCGUUGGAGGUCGGGUUAACAGAAAACCGUUAGCAGACGAUGGAAAGUCCCUCAGAAAUGGAAAUCUUGUGGAGGAUCCAUUCUCUGAACGAGCUGACAAGCGAGCUCUAACAUAUUUCGAAAACCGGCUGAAUCAAGGUUCAAACAAUGGUCCAAAGACGCCCCCCUCUUCGCUUUGCAAUCCAUUCGAAUCCGAGAAGGGAUUCGACGACAACAUUGAAGAUAGGUUCUUGAACAGUACACCAGUCGGAUCUUCAACCCCUCGGAUUCUAGUCGAGCGGCCAUCAACGUCGAGCAGUGGUUGCUGCUCUGCGGACGGCGAUAUGCACAUGCCAGUAAAGCAUUGUAAUAAGAAAUCGGGAUCUUUAUCGACUACUGACCAAAAAGAAAUCAGAGAACACCACUUUUCAAGACAUAAGCUUUUAGACCCUAAUGACGAUACGUUGACUAAUUCGGCCAGUCAAGCUCGACAAGUCUCGGAGAAAGCGAAGAGAGACUUGCAUACCUCUAACAGGAUGAAAAAACACCCGUCACCCAGCAAAGAAGCUCUAGAAAAGUUGGAGCUCCAAUUUCAGCAGUACACUCAUGUUCGUGUCUCGGAGCCUGUCAAGCACAAGAUGGAUGAGCACAUAAUGGAAUCUAUGGACGCAAGCCCAUCCCUAAGGGCAUGUGAAAGGAGAAGGUUGAGCUUAGCUCGUCUGUCGGUCACCACUAUUGACGAGCUGGUUGACCCAUUGUGCGGAAAAGUUCACCACCGCCGAGGCUCCUCAACAUCUAUGCUCCAAUUGGUACGAAGCCCUCACAUGCCACAAAAUUCGGACAAGUUGCACAAGGAUAUCCGGUUGGCGCCCCCUUAUCGUCCAGCUGGUGUUUCCCUUUCUGAGGUGGACGAGUUACAUUAG